CACUCCAAAUUUCUCAAGUCAGGCACAGCGACUGAGGAAGGUUCACCGCAGAGUGGGCAAGUGCUCAUGACAAGAUCUCAUCAGAUAGCACGUCAUUGGGGUGCGCAGUCCACUGGUGUAAAGAGCGAUGGGUUCACCCGCUUACCCUUGAUUCAUACUGUCAGAAUUGCCCUAGGCCGAAACAUGGUAGAAUCUUUUGAGGUACAUAUGUAUACUUCAGCACCCAAAAGUCACACUCGGGCGUACUGUCGGUGUUUCAAUGGUGGACGUCAAGGGGAAUCGAGAAGAACGUGUACCAAUGAAUUCCAAUUCAUGCCUGACACUGUCUUGACACUGCAUACAUGCAGUGUGGUCCCCUUGAUCUGCGACGCCCCAAGAGUUUUCGGACCGAAGCAGACGGAUGCUUAG